ACCGCCGGCCGUCCAAUGUGCGGUAUUUUCUGUGCAGUCGCGAGACAUGGCUGCCAUGUUGUACCCUCUUCGACUGUCAAACAGCGGCUCUUAGCACGGGGUCCAGACGCAUCGAAAGAAAUCCUCUUCACUGUGGGUGGAGCAUCAGGGAACGAUGUCGUCUCUCUCACUCUCUUCUCGACCGUCCUGUCUCUUCGUGGGCCCGUGACCACCGAGCAGCCUUUCCAACAACACGGUUCUUCGGACUCGGCACUGUGCUGGAAUGGUGAAGCAUGGAACAUCCGGCGCCAACGCCUAGACGAGAAUGACAAUGACACGGCUGCUGUCCAUGAGCUGCUCUGUUUGGCGCUCUGCCCGCUGGGGCAGUCUGAAACCAGACUGCAGGAAUCUGCCGUUGCCAGUGCCUGCACUGUUUCGAGGACUCUGGCCCAGAUUUCCGGACCAUACGCGUUCGUCUACUACCACAAGCACACGUCUAGGUUGUUCUUUGGACGAGACUUUCUGGGCCGCCGUUCCUUACUGUGGAAAGUUGGCCAACACGGAGAGCUUCUGCUCAGCAGCAUUGGCGAUGGGUCACUGGAUGGCUCUUGGACAGAAGUGGAAGCGGAUGGCAUUUAUUGCAUCGACUUGAACUCAGCCUCCGACGCGGCUGCGUUACCAACUGCUGAUGAGACCUCCGCAAUUUCGAUUGAUCCACGUGUGUUCAAGGUACCAUAUACGGUUUCACACGCUUCAGAUGAUACUACCUCUGUUAUUCCUCUUCUGUCACUAAAUAGGAACGUGCCCCAAAUCCAUAGACUUCACGAAUGUUCCCCGUCUGUCUCCACGCUUGGAGAUCUAUUGCGGCAGUCACUGUUGCCAAGAACUCGGGGAAUACCACUAGACCAGCCGGCAGAUCAAUCUGUCCAUCGGAAUGCCAGAAUUGCAGUCCUUUUCUCGGGAGGACUCGACUGCACACUACUGGCAAGGCUCUGCCAUGAUCUCUUGCCCCUGGAAGCUACUAUUGACCUGCUCAACGUUGCAUUUCAGAAUCCAAGAGCUCACAAGAAUGCUGGAGAUGGUGCCUAUGAGCUGUGCCCAGAUCGCAUAACAGGUCGAGCCUCACAUGCCGAACUGCUCAAAGUGUGUCCGGGACGAAAUUGGCGCUUUGUUGCAAUUGACAUUCCCUAUACGGAGUACCAGGACCAUCGUGCACAAGUCAUUGAUCUGAUUUCUCCCCACAACACCGAAAUGGAUCUCAGCAUCGCCUCUGCGUUGUACUUUGCAGCACGCGGGAGGGGUCAGGCUGCCAGUCUGGAGUCUGGUGAGGUCAUACCAUACACGACCCAGGCACGAGCUCUCCUUUCUGGACUGGGUGCUGAUGAGCUGUUCGCUGGAUACACACGCCAUGCUACCGCCUUCAGACGACAAGGAUUCAAAGGGUUGCUAGAUGAAUUGAGCCUGGACGUUGGAAGACUUGGCAAGCGCAACCUGGGCCGCGACGAUCGGGUGAUCAGCCAUUGGGCCAGGGAAGCAAGAUUUCCGUUUCUUGAUGAAGCUGUUGUACAGUGGGCACUAAACUGCCCUAUUUCAGACAAGUGCGACUUUGGUGCAGUCGAGGCUAGCAUUGACAGUAUUGAUGAAAACACGUGCGCAACCAUCGAGUCUGGCAAGAAGGUGCUUAGGUGCCUUGCCUGGAGAUUAGGCAUGAAAGGCGUGGCCCAGGAGAAGAAGCGAGCGAUCCAGUUCGGCGCUCGCACUGCCAAGAUGGAGACCGGUAAAACCAAGGGCACUUCACUUUUAUCGUGAAAUGGCAAGCUAUUCUGAGAUAAUAGUUGCCCCCAUAAGCACAUUCAGAUACUUGUGAGAUGCUACAUAUCCUGACCUAGCCCGCCCUAGAGGGUGCGGUUUGGCAGCGAAGAGACAUCGAUGACCUUGUUAAAGGAUGGAUAGUCAGAUGUGAUGAGUCCUCGCUUCUUGGCGACCGUCUCAUUGAGCUCUUCCAGGGAGACAUUGUUUGCUCUUAGCACAGGUUCAGACUCACAUGAACCCAACAUCUGAUUGAACGUGGCGAUACACAGUGCGCGAC